CGCAGCCGCCGCCGCCCCCCCCUUCUCCUUCCCCCGGGCCCCGCCGAGGCCUCCAGCGUCGGGACCGCGCCCUCCGCCGCCUCCGCGGGGCAGGGCCCGGCUUCCUUCCCUUCCCCUCCCUCCCCAUACCGGCCCCGUUCCCUUCCCCGCUCCCUCUUUUCCUCCUCCCGGUGCCGCCACGCCGCCGACAUGGAGCUCAUCACCAUCCUCGAGAAGACGGUGUCGCCGGACCGCUCCGAGCUCGAGGCGGCGCAGAAGUUCCUGGAGCAGGCGGCCAUCGAGAACCUGCCCACGUUCCUGGUGGAACUGUCCAGAGUGCUGGCAAACCCCGGCAACAGCCAAGUAGCCCGCGUGGCGGCCGGCUUGCAGAUCAAGAACUCCCUCACCUCCAAGGACCCCGACAUCAAGGCGCAGUACCAACAGAGAUGGCUCGCCAUCGACGCCAACGCCCGCAGGGAGGUCAAGAACUAUGUUUUGCAGACGCUGGGUACAGAAACGUACAGGCCCAGCUCAGCUUCCCAGUGCGUGGCUGGCAUCGCCUGCGCAGAGAUUCCCAUGAACCAGUGGCCCGAACUCAUUCCCCAGUUGGUAGCGAACGUUACGAAUCAGCACAGUACGGAGCACAUGAAAGAGUCAACGUUGGAGGCCAUUGGAUACAUCUGCCAGGACAUAGAUCCAGAGCAGCUUCAGGACAAAUCCAAUGAGAUCCUGACAGCCAUCAUCCAGGGAAUGAGAAAGGAGGAGCCUAGCAACAAUGUGAAGCUAGCAGCUACGAAUGCACUCCUGAACUCUUUGGAAUUCACCAAAGCAAACUUUGACAAAGAGUCUGAAAGGCACUUUAUUAUGCAAGUAGUCUGUGAAGCAACACAGUGUCCGGACACAAGGGUACGAGUCGCUGCCUUACAGAAUCUGGUGAAGAUCAUGUCCCUGUAUUAUCAGUACAUGGAGACGUACAUGGGGCCUGCGCUUUUUGCUAUAACGAUUGAAGCGAUGAAAAGUGACAUCGACGAGGUGGCUCUGCAGGGCAUUGAGUUCUGGUCAAAUGUCUGCGAUGAGGAGAUGGACCUGGCCAUCGAGGCAUCCGAGGCAGCAGAGCAAGGCAGACCUCCGGAGCACACCAGCAAAUUCUACGCGAAGGGAGCACUGCAGUACUUGGUCCCAAUUCUAACACAGACCUUAACAAAACAGGAUGAAAAUGAUGAUGACGACGACUGGAACCCCUGCAAAGCAGCAGGUGUCUGCCUCAUGCUCCUGGCGACCUGCUGCGAAGAUGACAUUGUUCCUCACGUGCUGCCCUUUAUUAAAGAACACAUUAAAAACCCAGACUGGCGAUACAGAGAUGCGGCUGUGAUGGCUUUUGGGUGCAUUUUGGAAGGACCAGAGCCCAAUCAGCUCAAACCACUAGUCAUACAGGCAAUGCCAACUCUAAUAGAACUAAUGAAGGACCCCAGCGUUGUGGUUCGAGACACGACUGCUUGGACCGUGGGCAGGAUCUGCGAGAUGCUUCCUGAGGCUGCCAUCAACGACAUUUACCUCGCGCCGCUGCUGCAGUGUCUGAUGGAGGGGCUGAGCGCCGAGCCCCGCGUGGCCUCCAACGUCUGCUGGGCCUUCUCUAGUCUCGCUGAAGCUGCCUACGAAGCUGCAGAUGUGGCUGAUGAUCAGGAAGAACCAGCGACCUACUGCUUGUCCUCUUCGUUUGAGCUCAUAGUUCAGAAACUUCUGGAGACUGCAGAUAGGCCUGAUGGACACCAGAACAACUUGAGAAGUUCUGCAUAUGAAUCCCUGAUGGAAAUAGUGAAGAACAGUGCUAAGGACUGUUACCCUGCUGUCCAAAAGACAACCCUGGUCAUUAUGGAGCGACUGCAGCAAGUGCUGCAGAUGGAGUCUCAUAUCCAGAGCACUUCUGACAGAAUCCAGUUCAAUGAUCUCCAGUCUCUCCUUUGCGCGACUCUGCAGAACGUCCUCCGGAAGGUCCAGCACCAGGAUGCUUUGCAGAUCUCGGACGUGGUGAUGGCCUCUCUGCUGCGGAUGUUCCAGAGCACGGCGGGCUCGGGCGGUGUGCAGGAAGAUGCCCUGAUGGCUGUCAGCACCCUGGUGGAAGUCUUAGGUGGAGAGUUCCUGAAGUACAUGGAUGCCUUCAAACCGUUCCUCGGCAUUGGGCUGAAGAACUAUGCUGAGUACCAGGUUUGUCUGGCUGCAGUGGGCCUGGUCGGUGACUUGUGCAGAGCCCUGCAAUCCAACAUCCUGCCUUUUUGCGAUGAGGUUAUGCAGCUGCUCUUGGAGAACCUGGGGAAUGAAAAUGUCCAUAGGUCUGUGAAGCCUCAGAUCCUCUCAGUGUUUGGCGAUAUUGCCCUUGCCAUUGGAGGGGAAUUUAAGAAGUACCUGGAUGUCGUCCUGAACACCCUCCAGCAGGCUUCCCAAGCACAGGUGGACAAGUCCGACUACGACAUGGUGGAUUACCUGAAUGAGCUGAGGGAGGGCUGCCUGGAAGCUUACACCGGCAUCAUCCAGGGAUUGAAGGGAGACCAAGAAAACGUGCACCCGGACGUGAUGCUGGUGCAGCCCAGAGUAGAAUUUAUCCUGUCUUACAUUGACCACAUUGCUGGAGACGAGGAUCACACUGAUGGAGUGGUGGCCUGUGCCGCUGGACUGAUAGGGGAUUUGUGUACAGCCUUUGGAAAAGACGUCCUGAAAUUAGUAGAAGCUAGACCCAUGAUACAUGAACUGCUAACUGAAGGAAGAAGAUCCAAGACGAACAAAACAAAAACCCUCGCUACCUGGGCGACUAAAGAACUGAGAAAACUGAAGAAUCAAGCUUGAUCUGUUACCAUUGGGAUGACACCUGAGACCCCCACUGGAAUAUCUCCAAUCUUUUGAAAAAACCCGGAAGUGAGGAGUGUGCACGGAUGCUGAAUGUUUGGGAAUGAGAGGAUGAGUGAGUGAGGCUUGAAACACACCACAUUGAAAAUCCCGCCGCAGCAACAGCAGCAGCAGCGCUGUCAGCGAGCUGAGCACUGACUUGCGUAGGAAACCUGGCAUCGGCCACCUUCGGGAAGAGGGAAUGACCGAUUUCUGUCCGAGUACGGAGCAUUUCUGUCUGCGUACGGAGCGAGUCUCGUCUUCCGACAGACCAGGACUGGCUUCUCAGUCGUGGCCGGCGCAGAACGGGGAACGGCCGGGUUGGAGGAGAGGAGGAAACUGGGUUCAACUGUGGUGCUCUUGGUCUGAGGUCUGGCUGGGGCUGCCGGAGAAGGGACGGAGCCCGGAUCUCCAGCCGCAACCUUUGCCGCACGGUGCUGUCGGUGACACGGGAUGAAAGGAGGAGGAGGAGGAGGAGGAGGAGGAGGGGGGUGAAGGAUUUUCAGUCGAGGAGUGAGUGUGUGUGAAUGAGGCGGUAUCCACAUUCUCAACUUCAAGUCAUUGCAGUUUAUCUUGUCCCAAAAAAAAACAAAGGGUUAGCUGUUGCAUUUCAUAAACUAACAGGAGUUCAGUCCUACUGACGCAGCGUAAGAGAUGUAAAACAGAAAAGAGGUAAAAAAAAAAAACAAAAAAAAACACAAAAAAAAGGAAAAAAAAAAUAUAAGGAAAGUCGCUCUUUAGGGUUUUUUUUUCUUUUAGGGGAAACACUGACGAAUGCUCAGAGCUCCCGGUCGAGUGACGCUUUUCACGGUCUCGUUUCAUCAAAGCGCCUUUCCUUCCUUAAUAUUUGUUCAACUGUGAAUGUAGAAAUGGGGGAAACAAACACAAAAACUCUCGCGUUAGAGGGAAUAGAAAUCAAUUGUCAAAACCAGGAUUUCAGGCUUCAAAGGAACCACAGCUGUUAAGUGCUCUGAAUUGGCAGUGAGAACGCAAAGGGAACGAUCUCUCCUGAACUUGUACUGUAGCAGCCCCACCACCCACCGAAAUUGUGCCAAAGAGUUGAAAAAAAAAAACUAAACUAAAAAGAAAACUUCAGGUAAAUAUUUUGGAUUGCGAAAAGAAAAAAAAAAAAAUAAUGAGGAUUUAAAAAAAAAAAAACAAAAAACAAUGUUCAAACAGAAAAAUCUGAUAAAAAUGCCAUUUGGAAACUGCUUGGCCUUUUGUGCUCUUUAUUUGGAUCAGGUUUAAUGUGGUUUUGGUCUCUUGCUGCACUUCAAAAAACAAGAAAAAAAGGAAAAAAAGAAAUUUAUAUAAAAUAUAUAUAUACUGACUUGAGCUUAACACAAGGCGGCACUUGUAAAAGGUUAUAUUUUUCCACUGCAGUUGAAGAUUAAUAAAAUGGUGUCAAACAUUCCCCAACCCUUCCUUUUUGUAUUCUUGGUCUUUCCAGUAACAGGGGGAACCCAUUCUUGUUGUUUUUUUCGCUAGAGCAGCGACUCCGAUGGGCAAUCGGAACCCAAGCGGCCGCUUUCCCGCAUCGCCUGCCCUCCCGUUUUCACCUUGAAGGAUCAGAACCUCUCGUUUCCUUCGCUUUGCUUUUGCGGAACGGUCCCGGAGCCGGGAUUGGCAGCGAUUAAAGCCUAAAAAAAACCGGAGGAGGCGCAGGGGUUUGAGUCUUCUUUUCCAUUUCAUUUCUAUCAGCGCAGCUGUCGCUGCUGCCGGCAUCCACUCCGCAGGCUUUGGGCAUCUUGAAAAGCUGCUGUGGGAGGGAGAGUAGGAAACCUUAGCCAGUAUUUCUUUUUUUUUUUUCUUUUUUUUAAUGCUUUAUUUCCCGGAUUUCCUUUUCCCGAUCUGAUUUUUUGGAUCCGUGAGGGCUCCUGCUCCCCUUUGCCCAUCCGCGCUGCAGCGUCCGCGCUAGCUCUUGUACAGGGUAUCAGCUAUGUGCCUUUCAGUGCUGGGUUCAGAUCGCAGUCCAAGUGCCGACUUUGAACCAGUGUACGGAGAUUAAAUAGAAUAAAAUGAAAUAAAAAAAAAUAAAAAUAAUAAUAAUAAUAAAAACCCAGGAGUUUGGAAGAGAGGAGGAGCUCUGGGUGAGCAGCUCUGGAGCACGGCCGAGGGAGAGGCCUGGGUCGCGUUUCUAGUAAUGCCUUUUCUUUUUAUUUUGUUUCUCGAGGUGGGGUGGGAUU